AUGGCCUCGGACCAUUGUGACAGUUGCUCCCGAUUGCUCCGGGACUUCGCUGAACGUCUGAGGAGAGUUUGGGGAGAGUUCGAGUACAAACUCAAGGACGUUUUUAGAGGAAUUGUUCAGUGCACCUGCUUUGGGAAUGCACCUGAGAGGGGGACGGCUCAGGAUUUAUCGUCAUUGCAGCUCAUGUAUGAUGAUAAAAGUCAGGUUUUCAAUCAGAGAAGCCUCCAAGCACUGAACCGACUUGCAGCAUCUCAAAAUGCUGAUCUGCAAAUGACCGCAGCCAUCUAUUACUCACACAUCAGUCAUCACUUGAAUUCUCCCUUACCAGAUGCCUUCUUGGUACCAGUAAUGGCUCUUCUCUUGUCCUCUGACCUGGAUGUGCAAAAGACUACUUCCUUCACCCUGGUCAAUCUAUUAGUGAAGAAUAAUGUGUGUAAGGAGUCAGUGAUCGAGAUGGGGAUGUUGGUGCCGCUGUUGGAGUUAUUCCAGUCUGGUGAUCCUACUGCUCAGUGUCACUCCUGUGCCUGUGUUGCCAUGCUGGCCUCCUCAGAAUUAAGCAGAGAUGCUAUUUUGGUGGAUGGAAUCAUACCUCUGUUGGCUUUGGCAAAGUCUUACGAUCCAGCGGUCCAACAGAACGCAGCAUGGGCUCUUCUACAUCUCACCCAGUCAGAUUGUUCGAGAAGGAUUCUAUGUCAAGCAGGGGCCAUCCCUGUUUUAUCUCUUCUUCUGCAGUGCUCCAAUUCAGAAGUUCAGUUCUACAGCUGCACGGCUCUUUGCAACAUUGCUGCUAUUCAAGAACAUCAUCCAGAGUUGCUCAGCAUCGGGGCUCAUUUGUCUAAGUCGCUUUUGACACUGAUGUCUUCCUCGGUGCAAAAGAAUUCAGCUCAAGCUUGCAGAUGCCUUCAAAGUCUGUCAAAGAACGUUUGGGUCCAGGAACAGCUCAUGGACUGUAGCUGUGUGUUGCCUCUGAAGGCCCUCCUUAAAAGUUUGAAUGCUGCAUGGAUAGAGUCAGCCUUAACACUGAUGUGUAUGCUGUCUGCACACCCACCAAAUUGUGAUAUCCUCAUAAAUGAAGGACUGUUGAGGGAAAUCGGUCAGCUGCUUCAUCAUCCUAGAUCAAAUUCUGUUCUGAUCUCACUAAGUUGCAAGAUCAUUACUGACCUCUGUGGUGCCUGCAUGGAUGAGCAGGCUGUGACAGAAAGCCUGUGCUUAUCAGGGCUGCUCAGAGGUCUUCUGUCUCCAUCCCUGUCAGAUGAGACGUUGCUACAUGUGACAUUGUGUUUACAUCACCUGAUGACCUGGGAUGGGCUGAGGACUAAGUUGUCCUCCUCAGUUACACCAGAGCAGGUUUGGAGACUGGUUGAGCUUUCUGGACAAAUGAGAAAUUCCCAGUUGUCAUAUAACUCUGCAGCCAUCAUUCACAUGUUUAAAUUGACGGAAGAUUUCCUCCCGUUGCUAAGGCCUCACUACGGUGCAGUGUCUAAGUAUCUGUUGCUGUUCCUCAAAACGAGAGAUGUUAAAUUCCAGCAGCUUGGCAUUUCUACUAUAGUCAAACUCAAGAAUGAUGGAGAGUUUUCAACAGCAAUGACUAACGGUGAGCUGGAGGCUCGCCUCUGGAACAUACAUGAGCAGACAGAGGAGAUGAGACAGCUGCUGCAAAUGAUUCAGCCUCCUUCUCCAUCUCCUGGUCAACCCUUCCAUUGACUUGCUCAGUAUAUCCUGUGGACUGUAUAAAGUGUUUACUUUGAUGCAAUGUUUGGUCAAACCUUAUUAUAGAUUUUUUGUUUUUAAUAUGCUUUUAUUUAAUUAUUUUUAAAAAACAUUUGUAUAUUUUUAUUGUUACAUACGUGGUUCGCUUAAAAAAGAAGAAAAGGACAAAGAUGUGGCAUCACCUUUAAUCAGUAUUUGCUAUAUAGUUUUAUAUGUUAUAAAGCUAACCUGUGAUAGUCUAGAACAGCACUUAAGGUAUAGGAUUAAGUUUAAGUCACGAUUUGUAUGCAUUUACUGUUUAAAACCUAUUUAACCUACAGACAUAAGAUUUUGCUCUGUGAUGCGAUUGCACGCUAUUAAAGCAACUGUGAGUGCAAAAAAAGGUAUUGUGCAUCCUUACCUCUAAAACACUAUAAACACAAAAUUGAAGCAUAUCUUUGGAAACAAUGUUAUUGUAACAGCUUUUCUAUACGAUUGCUAGAUUUUACAAUCCCAAUUCCAUUGAAGUUGGGACAUUGUAUAAAAUGUAAAUAAAAACACAAUACUGAUUUGCAAAUCCUGUUCAACCUAAUGUAAUUAAAUACACUACAAAGAUAUUUAAUGUUCAAA